GGAGCACUCUACCAACGCACAGAACAAACUUUCUUACCAGUACUUUCUUAGCUAAAGGAUUUUGCAGCUACAAGUGUUAGUUUAGUGUGGAGGUGUUGGCGUACGCGCUAUGCGCGAGGCACCACCUACAUUAUCGCUAGCACUAUGCUUCUGCUUCUUCAUUGGAGCUACUUUCUCCAGAGCCUUGCGUUUGCCUAUAGAGGGCUUUUGUAUAGCCUUUUAAGAGUCACGAGCUUGAUUUUGGUGCUCUCUCUCUGCCUUGCGUUUGGCAACUUCUGUCAGGCUGGGCAUAUGGCGAAGCCACCUCUGACCCGUGACAGGCCAGGCAUGUGGCAAAGCCACCUCUGACCCAUGACACCAAGGCUUGUAGCAAAGCUACCUCUGACCUGUGCCUUACGAUAUCAGUACUGUUCCGGCAUAGGCUCAACAUCAGUGUGAGCCAUGUUACCUUUUGGUUUGCUUGUCUCAGUGGCCGGAGCUGAGGCUUGACAACUUCCUUAGCCUUCUCUGCCUUCAGCUGUUUGCGCUCUAUUUUCUCUCUUACACGCGCAUCACGCUUCUUCUGCGCUAUCUUUACACUUUUGUCUUUGUCCUUUUCUUGACAGUAAGACUGUUAAGCAGACCCUUAUUCUUGCUCUGCAGAAGCGUGUUCUGUAUAGCUAUGUA